AUGGGGUGCACAACUAGUAAAUCUUCAAAAAGCAAUAGUAACGGAGAAAAGGGAUAGUCAAACUAGAAUCCCUCUGCAGCCAAGUACCAAGACAACAAAAUUGAAACGUCUGAAAUUAAAAGUACAUUGCCCUUUAAGAUCAAUAUUUUGAGGACGGGUAACAUCUCUUCAGAAUAUAAAUUUGCUAAUGUUAUAUUAGGAGAAGGAGCUUUUGGUGUUGUUAGACUAGUUGAAUAGAGAUAAACAGGUCUAAGAAGAGCUAUGAAAUCUAUUAAAAAAAGCAAUAUAAUAAAGGAAGAAGAAGAAAAAAUGUUUGCUGAAGUUAAUAUUUUAUCUACCCUAACUCACCCAAAUAUUAUUCAACUUUUCGAGCUUUAUCAAGAUGAAUAAAAUUACUACCUUAUUACAGAAUAUUGUAGUGGAGGAGAACUUUUCGAAAAAAUUAGAUAGAUGGAAUAAUUCUCUGAGAGGGAAGCUGCUGAUUAUAUGAAAUAGAUUCUAUCUGCUAUAGUUUACUGUCAUUCUUUAGGAAUAGUUCAUCGUGAUCUAAAGCCUGAAAAUCUUUUAUUCGACUCAAACAAACCAAAUGCAAACUUGAAAGUUAUAGAUUUCGGUACCUCCCGUAGAUUUGAUUCCUCAAAAAAAAUGACUAAAAGAUUAGGAACACCAUAUUAUAUAGCUCCCGAAGUUUUACAAAGAUCAUAUGAUUAAAAGUGUGAUGUUUGGUCAUGCGGUGUUAUCUUAUAUAUUCUAUUAUGUGGAUAUCCACCAUUUAACGGAAGAACAGAAGAAUAGAUUCUCAAGAGUGUUGCUGAGGAUGAUUUUACUUUUGAAGAUACUGAAUGGAGUUGUAUCAGCAAAGAAGCAAAAGAUUUGAUUUCAAGAAUGUUGAAGAAAAAUCCUGAAGAAAGAAUUACUGCUUAAUAGGCUUAUGAUGAUGUGUGGGUUUAAAAAAAUGCUUCAAAGAACCCUCUUAAUACCAAAGUCCUUACUAAUUUAGGAAGUUUCCAUUCUAAAAAUAAAUUAAGAGCAUCUAUUCUUACUUUCAUAGCUACACAUAUAGUUAGCUAGUAAGAAAAAGAAGAACUGCUCAAAACUUUCAAAGGUUUGGAUCAAAAUGGAGAUGGACUGCUAGAAAAGCACGAAUUAGUUGAAGGUUAUUUGUAGGUUAUGAAAGACAGAGCCUAAGCAGAAGAGUUUGUUAAUAAAAUAUUCGAUGAAAUCGAUGUAAAUUCUUCUGGAAAAGUAGAUUGCACAGAAUUUGUUGUAGCAGCCAUGCAAAGAGAAAAGCUUUUAUCAAAGAAUAAAAUUGAAAAAGCAUUUAAAAUGUUUGACACUGAUGGAAAUGGAUUUAUUGAUAGACAUGAGCUAUAAAAUAUUUUAGGUGGUGGAAGCAAUAUUGAUGAUGCUACUUGGAAUUCAAUUUUGGUGGAAUGCGAUUAAAAUGGAGAUGGAAAGAUUUCACAAAAUGAAUUUAUUGAUUUGCUUGUUAAAAAGAUCGACAAUGGUGGAACAGUUUAAUUAGGAUUUUGA